UGGCUCCGAAAAUGAAAGAUAAAUAAAUAUCAAAUCAGGUAGUUCAACACACAUUACAUUUGUGGGCCUUGAGUGUCACCGAACUGGUACAAGCAUUUAAUUUUGCAACAUAAUUAUCUUUGCGUAUAUACAUGUACGAUCGAGCUGGAAAAUAAUACAAGUCCUAAAACAGAAACUUCACAUUAAUAUCGGUGACAUAGAAGAAGCAAAAAAAUGGAAGAAGCGGUGAAGGGUUGCAAGAAAGAUUUAGGGUAUGCUGCAAAUGAUGCUGUUACAGAAACUGAACUAACCAAAAUCCGUCUUGUGCGACCCUUUGUUGAAACACAAGAUCCAUCUUCUAAGGAAGAAGAUGAUUUGAUGAUCAGAAGAUUUCUACGUGCUCGUGAUUUAGAUGUGGAGAAGGCUUCAGCAAUGUUCCUAAAGUACUUGAAAUGGAGACAUUCAUUUGUUCCAAAUGGUUCCAUAUCUCUAUCACAGGUUCCAAAUCAAAUUGCACAAGACAAGGCCUUCGCCCAAGGACAUGACAAGAUUGGUCGACCUAUACUUCUUGUCUUUGGUGGAAGGCAUUUUCAAAAGAAAGAUGGUCUAGAUGAAUUCAAACGGUUUGCAGUUUAUAUUCUUGAUAAACUAUGUGCAAGCAUGCCCCCUGGGGAAGAAAAAUUUGUUGGUAUAGCAGAACUCAAGGGAUGGGGUUACUCAAAUAGUGAUUUGCGUGGAUACAUUGGUGCUCUCUCCAUUUUGCAGGAUUACUACCCUGAAAGAUUGGGGAAGUUGUUUAUUCUCCAUGCACCGUACAUUUUUAUGAAAGUGUGGAAAAUAGUUUACCCGUUCAUUGACAACAAAACUAAGAAGAAGAUAGUAUUUGUGGAAAACAACAAGCUGAAAUCAACACUUUUAGAAGAUAUAGACGAAAGUCAACUCCCGGAGAUAUACGGUGGCAAACUGCAAUUAGUCCCCAUCCAGGAUAGCUAUUAAACUAAUCAGCACUGGCAAAUUAUGGGAACUAAAAAAAUAAUUCGAAAUUUUAUCUGUUUACAUUUCUUCGACUAUUUUCUUUUACUCAAAUUAUGAUGUUGUAUCUGGUGUCAAGUAAAUAAAAAGAUUGGAGUUCUAUUAGACUGAUAGUUCUGUGGUAUUUCCAUAUUAACCAUUGAUGUUAAUCAGUCUUGGAAUUCAUCUUUGCAAUCUCAGUCGAUACAUUAUCUUACAGAUGAUGAGAAUAAAAUAGUCAAGUUCAUUACUUUGUUCUUAA